GCAUGAACACAGAACACUUCCGGCGACACCGGAAGCGGAGGUGAGGAAGGCGGCCACGGGCCCAGGCUACGAGGAUGGCUGGGCGGACUACCCUGCUGGCCCUGCUGGCCGGAGCCGCAGCGCUAGCGGACGCCUCCCAGGGUGACCGGGAGCCCGUGUACCGAGACUGCGUCCUCCGCUGCGACCAGUGGAACUGCUCCGGGGCCGGGCUGCAGCACUUCCGCUCCCACCAGCCAAUCUACAUGAGUCUGGCAGGCUGGACCUGCAAGGAUGACUGUAAGUAUGAAUGCAUGUGGGUCACCGUGGGCCUCUACCUCCGAGAAGGUUACAAAGUUCCUCAGUUUCAUGGAAAGUGGCCCUUCUCUCGGUUCCUUUUCUUCCAAGAACCAGCCUCGGCCGUGGCCUCCUUCCUCAAUGGUUUAGCCAACCUGGUCAUGCUCAGCCGGUAUCGAACCUCUGUCCCAGCUUCCUCCCCUAUGUACCACACCUGUGUGGCCUUUGCCUGGGUCUCGCUCAAUGCCUGGUUUUGGUCCACAGUCUUUCACACAAGGGACACAAGCCUCACUGAGAAAAUGGACUACUUCUGUGCCUCCACGGUGAUUUUACAUUCCAUCUAUCUGUGCUGUGUGAGGCUUGGUAAAUCUGGUGUGGUGGCUGGGCUGGUGUCUUUGGAACCAGCCUCGGCUGCCUCACGUGUGGAAGUGCGCUGUGGUGAUGCUUCUGCUGCAGGGGCUGGCUUUCCUCGAGCUGCUGGACUUCCCCCCCAUCUUCUGGGUCUUGGAUGCGCAUGCCAUCUGGCAUAUCAGCACCAUUCCCAUUCACUUCCUCUUCUUCAGUUUCCUGAUGGACGACAGUCUCUACCUUCUCAAGGACAUCCCAGUCCCACUAAAGAUGGAUUGAAGGGGUGGAGGACAGUUCUACUUUGCCCAGCCUCAGCCCUGGACAUUGGAAGCUACAACCCAUGGGGUAGUGUGAUUUUUUUCCCCUUUACUCCUUAAACUUGGACUCUGGUCAGGGGUGGAGAAGUGACUCCAGGACUCUGCCCCUUCCUCCACUCCGUUGCCCUCUAGCUGCCUUCAAAGUGCUGUUGGACUUGAGCUGUUUCUCGUUCCCUCGCCCCACCUCCGUUCUUCAGACAUUGAGUGGGGUUAGUGGCUGAGCCUGACGAGCGGAUGGAACACUCCCCCAGUGACCUACAGAAAUUGGAAGACGGUGAAUGUGCACCUAGCCAGGUGCUCAAGGGGAGCUUCCUUCUACCCCUCAAAAUGCCUGCUCCACCUCCGUUCUCAGUGGGCUUCCCCACAUCCACUUCCUCUGCUCUGAUGGGAAAUGAGGAGGGGGCUUUCCCUCUUUUUUUUUUUUCCAACAGAUGCCCUCCCCCAUGGCCCCACUAGGUGGCGAUGGAUGCUAGCUAUCUGGCAUACCCAGGCUGGGGCUCCUGGUCUCACCCCCCCAGGAGAGGCACAGAGGACCCAGAGAGUGCGCCUAGAAGAAGCAGGCCUUUGCUUUGUCCACACACUCAGGAGGAGUCACCACUGUCCCCUUGCGGGGCCCCAGGCCCAUCUCCAUCCCCCAGCCAGGCAAAGAGCCAGAGAAACCCAGCCACUAUUUGGCUCAUUGUCAGACUGGCGCAUUCUCUUGCUUCUCAGGGAAAAACGGGGUGUGAGUGUGUGCCUGAGUAUAGAUGUGAGUGUGGGCACGUUCAUGGGGAUUCAGUCAAACUCAGCAAAACACGUCUUGGGCUUUCUAGCCAGGCACCCUGCGAGG